AUGGUCCGAAUAACCAAGUCCAUGCAGACGAAGCACACUGAGUCUUUGUCACCGUGGAUCAAGGACUUCCGCACAGAGGCUACUUCCAUUUCCUUACUCCUCCUGCCACAACAUCUCUCGACCUUCCCAACAAGAUGGCCAUUCCCGAGAGGCGACCUGUAUCAUUGGAUUCCGCUUCUCAAUAGAUUCGACGAGAUUCUCGAAAAGUUCUGCAAGACAUAUAAGCUCGAUGAAGCACCUCAAAUUGUCGACUUUGCAUGCACCCUGCUCGAGUCUGACGUUGGAGACGCAUCGGAGCAAUCGAAGCAUGGCCGCAGUACCGAGCAGCUGGGAUUCUCGCAAGAGGGAGACAGAGAGCUGGUUGAGUCGAUAUUGGACUUUUCAAGAAUGUUGCUGCAGAAUUGUGGUAAUCGUAGUAUCUACGCCAGCAGCUCACAUCUGAACAACCUCCUCAACUCCACCUCAUUAACCCUUCUCGAGAGCACGCUCCGUCUAGGAUCCGAAUUGGCACAGAGAUAUCAGGCUGCGUUGAAGCGCAUGAACAUCCCUGUCCGACAUGUGAGCAAUGCCAUCUUGACAAACCAUUACAACAUCGAUUUGGAUAGGGUUCUCCAGCUGGCUAUGCCUUUCUCAAAGACUGUCACAACAUCUGUUGAAGCUACGCAACCAACUACACCAGCCACUCCGAGUGCCAAGGGGAAGGAAAAGACAUAUUUCAACAUCCCUUCAUCUGCUCAAAAGGGUCCCGCAGCAACCGUAUACGCCAAUGACCUCGUUUCAAUCGUCAAGGGUGGAAGCGGCGUUAGUAGCAGCCCUAAGAGCAUUCGUAGUGCGACUGAUGCCGGCGCUUCUGUUCCAGAGGGCAAUUGGGAUGAGUGGGCAGAUGUCAAGGUUACACAUUAUCCAAAGCCUACUGCUGAAGUCGACUCUGUUAGCAAUCAACCUCGCACCCCAAGUACUCCAUCUCCAGCACUCCCCAUCACUCCCACCCCGGUUCGUCGAUCAUCCAACCUGGGACCUAACGGUCAGCGUACAAACAGACAAACAACCUCGGAUGAGUCUCCACCGACAUUACCCCGUUCUUCAACUUUCCCUUCCGAUGAUACCCCACGUCCUAAUUUCAAAGUAAUCGAGAUCUCGUCAUCCAAGCUCAAGUCUACAGGCAUUCAUACGCUUUUGCGGGAGAACAUAUCCGGCUUGCCACAAGAGUUGCAAUACGAGCUUCUCUCAAAGCUCCGCGUAGCAGAUGCCCUGACAACAUCGCUGGACACUAGGCGGCAGCUUUUAGCAGUUCGAUUGUUGGCUGUCACGAACUUGGCGUACAUCCACGCGGAAACAGCCUUCCAAGAUACCGUCUUAAAGCAAGACAGUGAUGAGCCUCGUCGAUUGCAACUUACGUAUCAACUUGCAGAGUUAGUUCAUCCAGCACCAGAAGGAGACAUUGCCGUCCCCAGGCCACUACAAACCCUGGCGUUUCGCGCAUUGGACGCAUUAGCUGGCCAUCAGAGCAAGUUCUCAGAUGUUUGCGCUGCUCUAAAUACCAAUGUCAACCAUGGUGUGCUCCUUUACGUGGUUAGAAAAGCUGUUGCUGAGAUCAACGGAAACGACGAUGGAAAUCAGCUCACCGAGGAAGAUCAGUGGCGUGAGGCUCUGUUCUCUUUGAUCUCGAACCUUGCCGCCAACCCUCGAACCGGCGGUGAUUUGGUCACAGCUGGUAUGAUGCCUAUCGUGGUCGAGGUCCUCACUAUGCGCACCAACAUUGCUGAGCGUUAUCAUCCCAGCGUUUUGUCCUUCCUGGAUACCGUCCUUUACAGUACCCGCGACGCAUACCAAACUCUUGUCAGCGCAGAAGGCCUUGAUGCCGUUUCCGAUCUGAUCGUCUUCGAAGUGAAGACAGCAUCAGAGAAUGCUGCGUCUGGAAAUGGCAUCCGUGAUGAAUAUCGCUCAGCAGCCGUCGACUAUCAGAUUCCAUAUUUCCAACAGCAAACUCUAAAGUGGCUCUUCAAGUUUAUUCAUCACAUGAUGUCCAGUGCUGGAGGAUUUGGUGGCAAUUUCGACAGAUUGUUGCGAAAUCUGAUUGAUUCUUCUCAACUGCUGAGCGGUCUGCGUCAGAUCAUUUCAAACGGGCCAUGCUUUGGCUCGGUUGUUUGGACCAACGCAGUCAGCAUCCUCAACGAUUUCAUCAAUAAUGAGCCCACGAGUUUUGCUGUUAUCGCGGAAGCUGGUCUUAGCAGAGCCCUCCUUGAAGCGGUUACCCAAACACCCAUCGUCAUGCCUCCUGAACCCAAGAAGGAUGAGAAAUCAGACACCCCGGACGCCCCCGCAUCGGUCGAAGGUAGUUCUCCUUUGGCCCCAUCUGAUGACGAUGACAGUGACGAUGAGAGCGCUCCUAUUGUCACUCGUCCUCUGUCCUCGGUACUUCAAGGUCCUCGCGAUGGGCCACUAGCUCGGGGUAUUAUGCCAACAUCAGAUACUAUCAACAUCAUUCCUCAAGCAUUUGGUGCAAUCUGCCUCAACCACAACGGUAUGAAGAUGUUUCAAGUCUCAAAGGCCUUGGAAAGCUUCUUCGAAAUUUUCGAGAGCCCCGAGCAUGUCAAGGUCAUGGAUGCCAACAAGGAUCUGCCACAGAAUCUUGGAGGAACUUUCGACGAGCUAGUCCGACAUCAUCCACCGUUGAAGACUGCGAUCAUGAACUCUAUCCUGCACAUGGUUGCUCGCGUUGGAUACCUGUGCAAGACCAAGGCUGAAGAGAACAAGAUUGGCGCCAAGUUGUGGACAACUGAUGCUCUUGGAAACACUGUUAUUGCCGAUGAACAACUCAAUGUCCACUCUGAGCACAGAUCUUCAAAAGGCAAAGGCAAGGCGGUUGAUGGUGGUACCGAUGUAGAGAUGAGAGAUGCUGAUUCUAUGUCCGUGAAUGUGGUUGCUGCACAGCCACUCGGCAAGAAUGCCUCGAUGACACCUUACAUCUCUGCUGUUGCGACAUUCUUAUCUGCAAUGCUCGGAAACUCGUCUGUUCGAUCCGACUUCAGCUCCAAAGGUGGCAUUGAGUAUGUGCUUGAUUUAGCAGACUCGCCAUGUCUUGCAUAUGACUUCGGUGAUGGAGCAGCCAGUCGAACAAUCCAUCAAGUGGUUGCUAUCCUAGCAGAAACAAAGCCGCAUCUUACCAUGCCGUCCCUGCUUAAGAGAGCACAAUCCGCGGCAGACAUCCUUGAACCAUUCUCUAGCUACACAGGAGAGGGGUUGUUCUUCGCUCCCUUUGUCAACCAAGAUUCCCGACAAUCAGCUGAUGUGGAGCUGCUGGCAAAAGGCACAGACUUCGCCAAAGCCUUGGUCAAUAUUCAUUCCUUGGUCACAAAUAUUAAUUCUUACUUCCAGAGCGCUGCUUUUAAUCACAGAAGUAACAGCACAAGCUUCGGCCAAGUCAAUGUUGCCGACUACUACAUCCGUCUUGUCCAAUGCCUUGGUCCCUUACUCGGCGCUUCUCUUAGAGAGGAGGCUCGACUUGUAACAAAGGUUCCUGACAAUUGGAAGAACCACAGACGCAUGAAGGAUUCCGGGUUUGGCGAGCCUCCUAUCAUCGAGAACACCGUGAGUGCUGAGCCAUCAACGCCGGUCAAUGAGCAGUCAGGCAGUGAAGCCCAGGCUGUUCCCUCACCACUGGAUGCUCCGAACGGCGAUGCUUCAGUAGGGAAGAUCAGCACCGGCUCUCCAUCGACGGAUGCAAAGCGAGCCUUGACCAAGACCGAGCAGGAAAGCCCCCUUUUCAAGAACUAUCAGACAAUCGGAUAUCUCCUGAACAAGAUGCCACGAACUAUCUCUCCUUUCUUUCAGAUACUUGGCAAGGCAUUAGUAAUGAAGCGCAACCCAGAUACUUUCCAGAAGCAAGGCUACGCCGCCAUUGCCGACGCGUUGGCUGAGACUGUAAUCGGCCAGCUCACGCCUGCCGGAAAGGAAUCCUCGUCUGAAAAUUACAAUUAUUGGAUGGGUAUGAUUAACGUCAUCAAGGAUGUGUUGAUCGAUGGAUCUCGUUCCAACGACCGCGCUGUACAAACGAUUACGCUGGUUUUGCAAGCCUUCAAGGAUCGUGGUGGAUUCGACACUCUCAACCGCAUCCUGGAGUCCUUCACAUCUGAGAUUUGCUCUAACCCCUCCAAUCAUUUACUUCAACCACCAAAGACGGAAAGCAAUAGAGAGGAGGAGCUCAGAUUGUCUCUGGCAACAAGAGGCGCUGUGGAUAUCCUUACACUUUACAGUCGACUCGCCAAUGGGAAGAACGUGACUGAAGCCAUGCAAACACUGGCCCUGGUGGCCAGAUCAGAGAGAGAUCGGACCCGGGUAGACUAUUUCUCUGCACCCCAGUUCCUCGUGGAAUUGAGGAUGGCCAUCCUUCCAACCAUCCGGCGAUUAUGGGGCUCUGACCUUAUUGAGAAGGGUUCCAGUUCCAUCUCUGAGAAACUCAUCGAAGUAAUUCGCACCAUCGCUGCUGCUGACUUUGAAGCAAGCGCGGUCAAACGAUCCGACAAAACCCCCGUUACAGCUGUGAAAGGCCCUCGCAAGCCUUUCAAAUUCAAUCGCGAGUACCAAACAGCAGUCACGAGUCAUAAUUUUGAGGUCGAACUUGCGAACGAGGCCCUUUACCGCUGCAACAAUCAGGUAGCAUUGGCUAUCGAGUAUUGUCGAGAUGUCCUCGAGGGAAACAAUGGCCGAAAUCCGGUUCCAGAAGGAGACGUUGCCCCGUCUCCAGAUGCGACCACGUCUUCUCGUCCACGUACUGGGGCCUCCACUGGAACAGCAACCCCCGAUGACCAUUCCAUGACAGGAGGUCCCACCGUUUCUAACAUCAUCAAUGCUUUGACCAGAGAGCCUGCACCUCCGUCUGCGACAGCUGGCGAGACCGUCCCUCCAAACUUCGAUCAAUUAUUGGCAAGACUCGAGAGCAGAAAUAGUGAAGCCUCAGAGCCUGCGUCAGGAUUGCCUCUUGCUAGCUCAUCUUCUGGGCCACAUCCUUCACCGCCAACCGAAGAACCCACUCGUCCUCAGAUCACCGUUGAUGAUUUGAACGAGGAACGAGACACUAUCCGUGAUAAUCUGAUCGACAAAUGCCUUGAUGUCAUCAACGCUCACGGCGAGGUUACUUUUGAGGUGUCUGACCUGAUCACCACGGUGGUUAACAAGUCUACUGACCCUACAGCACAGCGCAACGUGGUCGGUUCGACGUUGGUCGUUGCUCUCAUGUCGUUCGCUGGGGAAGAUGAUCUUCGACCCUGUGGCAAGAAGAUCGCUGCUUAUGCUCACCUGCUGGCACUGAUGCUUCGCGACAAGAUGUUCUAUGCGGCUGCCGUUCCGGAACUAAAGGACAACCUCAGCACCUUGUUAAGCUUUGUCAAGUUGUCUCCGAGUCAUUCCGCAGAAGAUCCAUCGCCCUGGAUUGCACACAUCCUUCUGAUUGUCGAGAUGCUUCUUAGCGAAGAUGCGAGACCACGAAAGACUAGAUGGACGCCACCAAAGGACGAGGCUGAUACCGCCGAACCCCCAGUUCUGGAUCCCUUUGAGCCCUCGGUAUCGCAAGAGGAGCGAACUCAGCUUCUUGAUGCAAUCCUUGCAAUCCUGCCCAAGAUCGGCAAGGAUGAAUCCCUGGCUCUUGCCGUUCUGCGCAUCUUGGUCAUCCUAACACGCAACCGAUCGGUUGCACAAGCCGUCGGCGAGAAGAAGUAUAUCCAGCGACUAUUCUUAAUGGCAAAGCAACUUGCCGGCGCAAGUUCAGUCCGACUCCAAAGCCCUCUGAUGCUGAUCUUACGACACAUCAUUGAGGAUGACGAAACAGUCAAGCAGAUCAUGCGGGCAGACAUCAAGUCUUACCUCGAGACUACGCGUACUCAGCGAGUCAUUGAUGAGAAGACCUAUCUUCGUGGGCUCUCGCACACCGCUUUGCGCAACCCCGAACUCUUCGUAGAAGUCACCAACGAGAUGGUCAAGUUCAACCGUUGGUCAUACACACCAUCAGACGCUCCGAGCCGACAUCACUCCUUGGUGCUGAAGGAGAAGGCGCCUGAGUUAACGAGCAAGACUACAGAGGAUGCAGUUUCACCAACCGUGCAAGCCACGGAAGACUUGUCGAUUCAAGAUAUCAAGCCGAGCACAGAAGCUGCCGACAGCGAGAUGCCCGACGCUCCUAAGCCCGCACAUGAGCACAAGUUGCCAGUUCUUGAGAACCCCGACGGAGUGAUCCAUUUCCUGCUGUGUGAGCUUCUCAACUACAGAGAUGUGGAAGACAAAGAGGCCGUUGCGGCACCAGUUAGCACAGAGAAUAACGGUUCAACAAGCAAUGGUGACAUCCCAAUGGCUGGCACUUCAUCGCCCUCAGACGCAGGCACUCCGAAGGACACCAAGAAUUCUAAACCUCCCGCCAAGCAAGAUUUCAAGGCCGAAGAACAUCCAAUCUACAUCUACCGAUGUUUCAUUCUCCAGUGCCUUACGGAGCUCCUCUCAUCUUACAAUCGCACAAAGAUUGAAUUUAUCAACUUCAAGCGCAGUGCUCCUCCUCAAGCCAUGACUCCAUCCAAGCCUAGAUCAGCCGUGGUCAACUACCUUCUGUUUGAUCUCAUUCCAAUUGGCACCUUGGAUCAUGUUGAGACGACCUCUUUGCGAAAGAAGCUUGUCACUUCAUCUUGGGCUGACUCAGUUCUGACGGCACUGUUGACCAAGACUGGGGAGCAACCUAUCGACAAGAACCACGAGCCUUAUGACAGCGAGAACGAGCUAGAUCUUCUUUACGUGCGCCGUUUUGUCUUGGACCAUAUCCUCAAGGCCUACAAGGAAGCAAGUUCGUCCACAGAACCACUUGACGUGAAGUAUGCUCGCAUGCUCGCUCUCGCUGACCUCAUGAACCAUAUCAUGACCGGCAAGGAGAAUGUGGGCGUGUCGGACCCUGCCGUGGCAUCGAUGUCUCAGAAGCAGCUCCGUCGAAUCAUGUUCGAGAAGGGCUACGUCAAUGCGCUUACGGCGUCCAUUGCUGAUAUCGACCUCAACUUCCCUAACGCCAAGCGUGCGGUUAAGUACAUCCUGCGGCCUCUCAAGACCCUUACAACAACCGCGGUCCAACUCAGCGAUUUGUCUCUCAUUUCUGCCACCCCUGGCCAGAAUGAUGAGGAUGAGAUUGAAUCCGCAACUUCAGUCUCCGAGCAUGAGGACGAGCGCGAGGAAACCCCAGAUCUCUUCCGCAACUCAACACUGGGCAUGUUCGAGCCCGGGCGUGAGGAAGAUUCGUCGUCAGAGUCUGAUGAUGAUGACGAGGAGAUGUACGAAGGCGAAUAUGAUGACGAGAUGGACUACGAGGAAGAUGGCCCAGAAGAUGAUGAAGACAACAUCAGCGAUGAGGAUGAAGAAAUCGAGGGUAUGGGUCCAAUCGAAGGUCUCUCCGGCGAUCAUGGAGUCGAUGUCGAAGUUAUCAUGGAAGACGAUGACGAUGAAGACGACGAAGACGGCUCAAGUGGAGAUGACGAUGAUAGCGACGAGCACGAUUCAGAAGAUGAUGAUGCUCGCGUCGAAAUCAUCGAUGAAGCCGGAAACGUCCAGCAACUCGCAGAGGAAGACGACAUGGGCGAGUGGGAGAGUGACGAUGAAGAGGAUGAGGGCGAAGAAGAGGACUACGAAGGCCAAGCUGCGGAUCAAGAAGAGGAGCAGAUGCAUGCCAUUGCAGGAAUGGGUGGUAUGGAAGGUCCUAUUCGACAUCUCGUUCGUGCUCUCCAAGGCGGUGAUGAAGAGGAUGCCGCAGAAAUCAUGGAGCACAUGGAAGCCGAAGCUAUUGAGCGUGAGGCCGAGGACGAUGGCCAAUUAGUUGGCGGCGAGUACGAGGAGAAUGAUGAAGACGACGAUGAAGAAGACGAGGAUGAUAUGGAUGAGGAAGAGAUGAUGUUUGACCAAUUUCCAAUUGAUGGUCCCGGUGCCGUGUCAUUUGGUGGUGGAUGGCAGGAUGAUGUUGAGCCGCCAGUCAUUGUUCAUCGUCGGCCUCGUGGAGGGUUCUCGCCUUUCCCAUUGUUUCCUGGCGGUCCUCGCGACCCGCUGGGUGGUACGUUACCCCUUUCACAAAAUCGUUCCAGAAUAUCAUCAAGUACUCGAGAAAUAGUCGAGUUUUUCGACAACAUAGCAAGAAGAUUAGAUGAUAACCGCCUCCGACUAUUUGCACAGCCAAGAGACAGAACUGAUCCGAAUACAGCACCCGACUACCGCUCUUCCUACCGCUCCCAUCGCCCAGGCGCGGCAGCGUCUCGAUCCGGCGACGACGGAAUCAACCCUCUACUGCAACGUCAUGGUGCUAGUGGACCCGGCCGAGAUGGCUCCAAUCGACUUCCCACAAUGGGUAAUUGGAUCCAAGCUAUGGGUGGGCCAGGUGCUGAGAUUUUAGACAUUGGUUUUAGUGGACGACCAUUUGGUGAGGGCCCCGGAACAGCCGCUCUCCUGGAUGAAGUGAUCAGAUCCUUACCAUCCAUGCCAGGUCAUGCCCGGAACGGUCAAGCACUCCAAUUUCAUAUCACCACAGGUCCCGGUCAUCAUUUACCACCAGAUAUCCAAGCAAUGUUUGGCAUGCGACCUUCUCACUUCCCGAGACGAGGCGAUGCUGAGCCUGGAAGUGCUGCUUUCUUUACACCAACGUCGACGAUCGCUCGAUGGCUUGAGGAAUCGAAGAUUCUCUUUGGCACAUCCACUCUCGACGCUGCAGGAAUUCUUGCCAAUGCAAUCUUGUCACUGCUUGUUCCUCCCGCAAUCGAAGCCGAGAAGGCAGUCAAGGCUGCUGAAGCCGAGAGGGCUCGUAAGGCGGAAGAGGAAGCCAAGAAGCGGGCCGAGGAAGAGCGAAUUGCGAAGGAGGCAAAGGAGGCUGAGGAGAAGGCGGCUAGGGAGAAGAAGGAAGCCGAGGAGCGAGAAGCUGCAGAGAGAGCCGCCGCUGAGGCACUUGCCGCGCGCGGGCCAGAACCCGAUCAAGCAGAGACCGAAGCUGCCGAGCAGGCAGAGUCCACAACCGAAGCCAUGGAAGGUGUUGAGACAGAGGGCACUCCAGCUACAGGCGAACAAGCCGAAGAGACUCCUGCGGCUGACCGUCCCCGAAUCAUGACCAUGAUUCGUGGUAGUCCAUUCGAUAUUACUGAUCUUGGUAUUGACCCCGAUUUCCUCCAGGAGUUGCCCGAAGAAAUUCGAGAAGAAGUCAUCAUGUCUGCAGUUGCCGAGCGACGAUCUCAAGCCGCAGCAACUGGCGCACCACCGUCCGAGAUUGACCAAGAGUUCUUAGACGCUUUACCAGAUGACAUUCGAGAUGAGAUUAUCCAACAGGAGAGACAAGAACGACGUCGGCGCGAGCGUGAAGAGCGCAAUCGUCAAGCCAAUGCUGCAAACGGCGGCGCGGGUGCGGGAGACAUGGAUGCCGCUACCAUUUUGGCCACUUUGGCACCGGCUCUCCGAAAUCAGGUCCUCAUGGAACAAGACGAAGAGGUACUUGCGCUGCUUCCACAAGAACUCGCAGAACAGGCACGCGCUGCCAUGCGGGACCAUCCGGUGCACGGCAGAAUUCCAGGCGGCUUCGCUAGACGAGGACCUCCUCCCGGUACAGAUGGUGCCCGCGAAGUCAACACCACGAGACCUGCACGUCGUGCCAUCGUCCAGAUGCUUGAUAAGCCAGGUGUUGCGACUCUGUUGCGUCUAAUGUUCAUAUUCCAACAUGGUAGUCUUCGAAGCACGCUCAAUUCGGUGCUUCAAAACAUCUCCCUGAAUCGGCAUAAUCGAAACGAGGUGCUCAGUACCCUUCUUCACAUUCUGCAAGACGGCAGUGUCGACAUGUCGGCUGUUGAACGAAGCUUUGCUCACCUAUCUCUGAGAGCCAAGCAGCCAAAGGAUGCUCAACCGAAGACUCCACAGCCAUUGAAGAAGGCACUCACAGGUUUGGGCCCGUUGACACAAACAACUUUCGAGGCAUCACCUCUCAUGGUUGUCCAACAAUGUUUGACGGCCUUGGUUUACCUCAAUCAAGUCAAUCCUCAUAUCCCUGCAUUCUUCUUGACAGAACACGACAAUGUUGGAGGUCUGAAACGUAGUCUCAGCCGAAAGGGCAAGGGCAAGGAGAACAAGGCUUCGAAAUAUCCUCUCAAUUCGUUGUUGAGCCUGUUGGAUCGCGAACUCAUCAUGGACAGCUCUUCGGUCAUGGAAUCUCUUUCGACACUACUCAACAUGAUUACUUCUCCUCUUCAAGCUCUACAACGCAAGCAAAAAGAGGCGGAGGAAGUUAAGAAGAUUGAAGCCGCUCCGUCUGUCACUGAUACCGCAGCAUCUAUCGCAUCUCCCGAGACCGCCACGACGAACAAUGAGCAGUCUUCGGAGCCACAAACCGAGCCCGUUGUUUCUGACACCGUAGCAGUUGAUGCAACUCCAGCACAACCUGCAACAACCGAAGGUGAUGAGUCCUCAGCGGAUGCUCAAGUUGCGAAACCUGAACCCUCUAAGGAUUCAGAGAAGAAACAACGCCCAAUUACUCCUCCGGUCAUCCCCGAACACAACCUCAAGCUGGUGAUCAACAUCUUUGUGGCUCGUGAAUGUUCGUCAAAGACAUUCCGCGAGACCCUUUCCACGAUUAAGAACCUUUCAGCCAUCCCCGGCGCAAAGGCAGUGUUUGGUCGAGAACUCAUCACCAAGGCUCAAGGCUUGGGUGAGAUUAUCUUGGUUGAUCUUGAAGACCUUCUUCCCCAAAUCCAGAAGGCCACUACUGGUACUGAAAUACAAGGCGUUGCAUUGGCAAAAUUCUCGCCUGGUGGAUCUGAUCAGAACAAGCUUCUCCGUGUUCUCACCGCACUUGAUCAUCUUUUCGACCCCAAGCGUGAGAAGAAGGACAAGCCAACCGAGGCUGAGGUUGAAGGCGAGUCUUCGCAAUUGCUGGAGAAGCAAGAUCUAUUGUCUUCUCUUUACGAAAACCCUACCUUCGGCCGCAUGUGGGAGCGAUUGAGUGCUUGCCUCAGCGCCAUCAGGCAACGAGAACAUAUGCUGAACGUCGCUACCAUUCUUCUGCCUCUCAUUGAGGCUCUUAUGGUUGUCUGCAAGAACACUACUUUGAAGGAACCACCUCCUCUCGCCCGCUCCCAGAAAGAGUUGAUUUUGACAAGCCCGCCUCCCGAGUCACACAUGGAGAACUUGUUCUUUACCUUCACCGAGGAGCAUCGCAAGAUUCUCAACGACCUUGUUAGACAUACUCCCAAGCUCAUGUCUGGUACCUUCUCUCUUCUGGUCAAGAAUCCAAAGGUCCUCGAAUUCGACAAUAAGCGCAACUACUUCAGCCGAAGCCUCCACGCCAAGGCACCAAACAGCCGCCAAUCAUUCCCACCUCUUCAAUUGUCUGUUCGCCGUGACCAAGUCUUCCACGACUCCUUCAAGUCACUCUACUUCCAAACUGGCGAUCAGAUGAAGUAUGGCAAGCUGAGCAUCCGAUUCCAUGGUGAGGAGGGUGUCGAUGCAGGUGGUGUUACUCGCGAAUGGUUCCAGGUUCUUUCCAGACAGAUGUUCGAUCCGGGCUACGCUCUAUUCAUUCCCGUAUCCUCAGAUCGCACUACCUUCCACCCCAACCAAUUGAGUAGUAUCAACGAGGAGCAUCUGAUGUUCUUCAAGUUCAUUGGUCGGAUCAUUGGCAAGGCCCUCUACGAGGGCCGUGUCUUGGAUUGCCAUUUCAGUCGAGCCGUCUACAAGCGCAUCUUGGGCAAGGCUGUCUCUCUCAAGGAUAUGGAGUCUCUUGACCCGGAUUACUACAAGUCUCUUGGCUGGAUGCUGGAGAACGACAUUACUGAUAUCAUCACGGAGACAUUCUCGGUUGACAAUGACAAGUUUGGUGUGGUAGAAACUAUUGAUUUCAUUCCAAAUGGUCGCAACAUCGCCGUCACUGAAGAGAACAAGCAUGAGUACGUUCACUUGAUGGUUCAGUGGAAGCUCACUGGAUCGGUGAAGGAGCAGUUGGAUGAAUUUCUGAAGGGAUUCCAUGAUAUUAUUCCCGCCGAACUAGUCGCAAUCUUCAAUGAGCAAGAAUUGGAGUUGUUAAUCUCCGGUUUGCCUGAGAUUGAUGUGGACGACUGGAAGAGCAACGCUGAAUACCACAACUACUCUGCCUCAUCUCCACAAAUCCAAUGGUUCUGGCGAGCUGUCCGUUCAUACGACAAGGAAGAGCGUGCCAAGUUGCUGCAGUUCGUUACCGGAACUAGCAAGGUACCUCUCAACGGCUUCAAGGAACUCGAGGGCAUGAAUGGCUUCAGUCGGUUCAACAUCCAUCGUGAUUAUGGCAACAAGGAUAGACUUCCGAGCUCGCACACAUGCUUCAACCAGCUUGAUCUUCCCGAGUAUGAAAGCUACGAGGUCCUCCGCCAACAAGUCCUCACAGCCAUCACCGCCGGAAGCGAGUACUUCGGUUUCGCAUAA